AUGAAAGUAAUCUGUGGAAAGAAGAACCUCCAAACCAUACCAGAAGACAUUCAAAGAAAAGAGUUGUACAUUGCAACCAACGGAUUUACCUUUUUCCAGUCACAGGACAUAUCAAAUAAGUCCAUAGGACUGAGGGUGUUGAGUAUCUUCAUGAGUAUCUUCAAGAUCACAGCUGAUGUUCUUCCUAAACUCCACUAUUUAAACCUCUCUGACUCUGGUCAAAAUGGAAGCAUGACAUGGGAUGUACCAGACAGAUCUUUUCUGAGUCAUAUGAAAAGUCUCAAUUUGAGCGGUGUCCACAUGUCUUUGAAGGAAAUGAGUGUGGUACUGCAGAGCCUCAACUCAUCAUUAACAUCUCUCAUACUGUCUCAUUUAGGGGAAGAUAGGAUCUCGGCUCUCACCAACAUUGCCUGCCAUAUUACUAAACUGACAACACUCAGACUGCGUUAUAACAACAUGAGUUUUGUCUCUGAGGAACUGCUUAAGUCCUGCACACAUCUGACUACUCUAGAUCUAAGUAACAAUAUGCUUUCUUCUGUGCCAAAUGCCACUCAUAAUAUCCAAUCUCUGACAAUCUUGGAUUUCAGAUACAAUACCAUCAAUAAACUAGGCUCAUUCGAUUUUGCCAAUCUGACAGGACUAACAUAA